AUGGGAGACGUUUUUACGGCUGGAUCCGGAUCUGCGCACAAGGAGACCCCCAUGCUCCGGCUGCAAAAAAAGGACUUCAAGCAAUAUCCCAUCUGGGCUUCUGAGGAUGUUUAUGUCCGGGACAAGCAAAAGAGACAGAUGACCUGUCCUCAGUCUCUGAGGAACUCCCAGAACACAGGCUUCAAGCAGGCCUUUAUACCAGACAUCCAGAUGUACCUCCACAGAGAACUACUCAACGUAUCAGAGUGGAACAGACUAGCCUACUUCAAUAACCCCUUUGGCUUUAUGGACUACACUAACUACACAGAGAUAAAGGCAGUGGUGGAUCUGAUCCCCAAGCCCAGAGAGCCCCUGCUCUUGCCACGGGGAAACCCUGGGUGUAUACGCUGUGCUGUGGUGGCAACAGGAGGAAUACUCAACGGCUCUAGGAUGGGCAAGGAGAUAGAUGCUCACGACUAUGUGUUCCGGAUGAAUGGUGCCGUAACCAAGGGUUACGAGGAGGAUGUAGGCAACAGAACCUCGGUCUACGUUCACACCGCCCACUCCAUCACCCAGUCUCUUCUCAUCUUCAAGAAAUAUGGCUACAACAGUGCACCGCAUGACAAGGGUAUAAAGUAUGUGCUGAUUCCAGAGGGGCUGAGGGAUUUCCAGUGGCUAAAGGGUCUAUUGGGGAGGACAACUGUCUCUGAUGGACCCUACAGGAACAGACGACCGUGGAUGCAAUACUCAGGAGAGUUUGAUGAGAACCGCUUCUAUGUUCUUCACCCUGACUUCCUCAGAUACGCCCGUAACAGGUUCAUGUGGUCCCAGGCGCUGAAGGGUUCUUAUUGGGCUAUAUGCAGACCUACUAACGGAGCAUUCACACUCUUCCUGGCCCUGCACACCUGUGACGUGGUGGAUGCGUAUGGAUUCAUCACUGAGGACCACAGUAAAUAUCCUAACUACUAUGCUGAGAGACACUCUAAAACCAGAGUCAUCUUCUACGCUAAUCACGACUACAACCUAGAGAUCAAGACCUGGAAGAAACUACAUGACACCAAGAUCAUCAGGCUUUAUCAGAGACAGGAGAGCCCAGAGAGAAAGACAGGAAAGCCAACAGAACCAUAAAACCCUGUCUGUCUGCAGAGAUGAGCAAAGAUACAUGGACAUAUCAUGUAUCUUGUUACAAAAUAAA